AUGACUUCUCAAGCUUCCUCAGAGAGCAACAUCAACACAAUGACCACAAAUACACCUCUCUUCGUCCACCCGCAGCACCAACUGAUCUCCAUCAAGCUCACAAACUCCAACUAUCGGCUAUGGAUGAAACAAACCUAUAGUGCCAUUGUUGGUUGUGGCCUAGAAAGCUUUAUUGCUGAAGAUUCCCUCCCAUCAUCGAGAUUUAUUUCCUCAAAUAGUGCAGAUCCACCCACCCUUAACCCAGAUUUUGCCACUUGGGCAAGACAAGGCCAACUUCUCAUGUCUUGGUUACUCUCCUCUUUGAGUUGA